GAAGAAAAAGGCACGGGAUAGAGAGGUAGCGGAGAAGGACGUAAAACACGGGAUCUCCAAGAUAACAUACUUGCCCCUGUCUCCUCGACGACUCGGUCGAGGCCUCGCGCGGGGCAUGUCGCUCGGUCCUCUUACAACGACCUUCACGCCGCCGGCGGACUGCAUCGCGUCGUCGGCGCUGUACUGGGUCAACACCGCUUCGACCUUCUACUGGCUACAGGGCCGGCCGGGACAGUCGUCGUGCUUCCCUGACGACUACUCUCCCUACCAGAACCAGUACUACAGCCCCGGCAUAUGCCCCUCCGGGUACACGCGUGCGUGCGAGUCUAGGGCCAUCGAAGGAGAGACGGUCGUCGUUACACGGGGGAUAUGUUGCCCGCAAGGGAAUUACCAAUGCGCCCCUACUUCGAGUAGCUACAGCUACCCGUGGGGGCCGACACUCGGCUGCAUGUCCGUGUACAGAGCGAACACGGAGAUGACUUUCACGACGAUCAACGGUACGAUAAGGGGAGACGAAGAAGCCGGGCCGCUAACCAGUCUGUUCGCCCCCUUUACUGUCAUGGCGUACGGCGUUGUGAUCCAGAGCGGUCCGACGACCACGACGGCGGGGGGGACGGCAACCGCAACUCCCGGAUCAUCGCCAGGCGAUUCCCCUCCCGCAUCCGAAACGUCGCCUCCUACAGGAGAAGACCAGUCUGAUAGUAGCGGGGACACCAAACUUAGUGCCGGCGCCGGCGCCGGUAUCGGUGUAGGGGCUGCGUUCGCUGUCUUAGCCUUGGGCGCGGCUGUAGCAUGGGUAUUUUGGUCGCGGCGGCAGAGGAGGCGGCAGGAGGCGGCCGGGUUGCAAGCCCCAACGAAUAUAGUAAGUCCUAGCAGCUGGAGCUCAACUACAUGGGGCACACCACCUAAUACCCAGCAGCCCAUGAUACAAGCCAACUGGCAGCCCUCCGAAUUGGCUAAUGAGCACGGCUACAAAGAGAUGAGCGCCGAGCCUCAGGUGCCCAUAGAAGCAGACGGCAGAGCGGUGUAUCAGCACCAGCGGUAAUUGCCCUGGGUAGAGAGAAUUAGAAACUAGGCGAGCGAAUAACUGGUCUAAUAAUGGAUUCGGAAAUCAUUCCGUCAAAUAAUUGGAUAUACACGCGAACAAAAGACAGUAUUCCACGUCCAAGCCGUGGCGCCCUGAUCGGCGCUUUAUGAUAGACAGGCAAGAGGGCGGUGGAUGUAAUAAAGAAAAGGGGGGAGGCGAGGGGGCGUAAAAAGCCUUGAGUUGAAAAUUUUCACGCACCAAAGACCACCUGCAGAGACGCGAUUUAUUCGCCACAGGUCUUCCCGUGCUAUAUAGCGGCACAGGAUAGGACUUCGGUAGUUGCCAUUCCUUACCUAGGUACAGAUGUCGAAUAGAAACUUGAUAAGGUUCCUUUCUGGGACCUGCGGAGAUAGACUGGUACAGGUACCUAACCUAUUGGAGGGAAAAGGGGCAAAAAAAGAAAAAGGAAUCACCUUCGGACAAGACUACUACCCCUGACCGACCGAUUGAGGGGACUUGAAAGAUGUCUGGUACAUCAACCAUCAACCAACCAAAGUGUUCUCUUCAAUAACUCCAGGGAUGUCGUAUAAUCAAUUCUCGGGCUGCUCUCGAAGCGAGUCU